AUGUUGAAAUUGUUAGAAAAAGCCCUAAUUAUACUCUCAAGUCUAAAUACAAAAAAAAUAGAAGAUGGUGAAGAAGUAGCAGUAGAGGAAGUGGAGGAUGAACAGUCGAAAAUGGAAGGAAUGGAAUCAAUAGCGUUGUUACUAGAUGGGUCAAUCUUGGGUCAUUUUGUUCAGCUUCCCAAGUCCGUUUAUUACCAGAUGGGUCAAUCUCGUCUUUUCGUCUCGACUUCAUAUCUCUCUGUAAAGCAACCGACGACCCCCACACCACCAUCUGCAAUCCUUUUAAAGCAACUCGUCUUCCUGUACCUUGAUCUGCACUCUCUCUCCCUUAUCUUUUCAAGCCCUAAGCCGCCAUCACCAGCAUCGAAACCCAUCAGCUCUAAGCGGCCAUGGAAUCUAUAA